AUGGAGGAGAUUGCUAAGACAGUUAUGAUGAACAAGAUCAUCAACGAGCGAGUCGCUCAGGCAAAGGAGUCCCUCAUGUUGUUGGGAGGAAGAGGAUCACGCAACGCGAUAUUCUGCGGGGACAUGAACUGGGACGACAAGAUAGACGGGGCCUUCCCUCUCUCGGAGGGCUGGGUUGACGCCUGGGCUGAGCUGAAGCCGGGUGAAGAUGGCUGGACGUACGACACGGAGGCCAACGCCAUGCUGUCUAAAGCGUCCAAGAAACUACAGCUGAGGCUGGAUCGGUUCGUGUGCAAGCUGCCGGAUUUCAAGGUCCAAGGCAUCGAGAUGGUUGGGAGGGAGCCUAUACCCGGCGUCUCAUGCGUGAAGGUGGAUGUAAUCCGCUGGAAGUCUAAGAAGAAAGCCUACUGGAUGCGUCGCGAGCGGACGAAGCCUGUGCUGCCCAGCAACCACUUCGGGCUCGUCUUGACGAUCACCCCUCAGCCUGGAAGCUGUGCUCCGUCAGAGUAA